CCAAAAAUUCUCAAAGGCCAGAGGCUCAGCUGUGAGCUCCCAUUAGGCCUCCCAAUUAUGUAACAAGAAUGGCCAGAGAGAAGAUCAAGAUCAAGAAGAUCGACAACAUCACAGCGAGACAGGUGACUUUCUCGAAGAGAAGAAGAGGGCUUCUCAAGAAAGCGGAGGAGCUUGCGGUUCUCUGUGACGCAGAAGUUGCUCUCAUCAUCUUCUCGGCUACUGGAAAGCGAUUCGAAUAUGCGAGCUCAAGCAUGAAGGAUAUACUUGGGAAGUAUAAGCUGCACUCAAAUAACCUCGAGAAAGUCAAACAACCUUGUCUUGAACUGCAGCUAGAGAAUAGUGACCGCAUCAGAAUGGAGGAGGAGUUUGCGGAUAAGAAUCACCAACUAAGGCAGUUGAGGGGUGAGGAGCUUCAUGGAUUGAACCUAGAGGACUUGCAGCAAUUAGAGAUAAUGCUUGAAGCGGGAUUAACCCGUGUGGUUGAUACAAAGGCUGAUCGAAUCAUGAAUGAGAUUGUCAACCUACAGAGGAAGGGUGUUCAGUUAAUGGACGAGAACAAGCAACUGAAACAGAAGAUGAAGAUCAUCUCUGAAGGAAAUAAGAAGGUGAUUGUUGCUGAGAUGGAUAAUAUGAUAAUUGAAGAUGGCCAAUCUUCGGACUCCAUCACUACCAAUUUAUGCAGCUGCAAUAGUGGUCCGCCUCCUGAGGACGAUGGCUCCGAUACAUCUUUGAAACUAGGGCUAUCCUUCUACUAAGCUGAAUUGGAAGGAGAUGGUGGAGACAAUUGAAGAGAUUGGAGGCGUUGUGUCAAGAAAAUUUCUAAGGUAUUACUAUAUGCCAAUGGAUUGUUGUUUUAAGCGAAUAGGGUUUGCAGCCAACUGGUUAUGUUUUAAGUUUCAAACUUUCCUAAUUACACGCUUAUUGGGAAUGUGGUUGAAGCGAAGGUAUGUUUAAGCUUCAAACCUUUUGCUAAUUACAUCUAUUAGCCUAUGAAAUGUGGUUUAAGUUACUUAAUUGGGGUGUUUAAGCUUUAAACUUAUUAGCUAAUUAUGUUUCUUAGGCAAUCAGGCUUCAAAACUUGUCAAUGUGUGAACUGUUGGGAAAAAUUGAAAGUUUUAAAACUUUUCUGUUAUUAUUCUAUUUAAAAAUUUCAAUGCAGAUUUUCAGUUAUGACC